GUCAAAAUGAGCGAAACUCCUUCCACUAACUUUUCAAUGAUUCAUGCAGCUUCUUCUGAAGGCCAAGCUUCUUAUCCUCGACACUUCAAUGUCACUCAGCCAGUUGUGGCCAAAAGAAUUAGUUUUUAUAAGAGUGGAGACCCUCAGUUCAGUGGGAUCCAGAUGGUUGUCAACCCUCGCUCUUUCAAGACUUUUGAUGCCUUGCUUGACAACUUGUCUAGGAAGGUCCCAUUGCCCUUUGGAGUCAGGAAUAUCAGCACCCCACGGGGUAUCCACAGCAUCACCAAUCUGGAGGACCUAGAGGAUGGCAGGUCAUACAUCUGUUCCCACAGGAAGAAAAUAAAACCCAUCGACCUGGAGAAGGCUCGCCAGAAGCCCCUGCCCUGGCAGAGCAGUAGACCCGUCAGUGCCCGUCGCCGAGCUGCGCAGCUGGCCAGGGCAAAGGAGUUUGGCCUGGCUCAUCGAGAGCUUCCUGUGGUGGUUCAGACACCCAGAAAGCUCUUAGUUUUUAAAAAUGGUGAUCCAAGGACUAGGCACGUUAUAAUUCUAAGUAGGAAGAUCACCCAGAAUUUUGAGGCCUUUCUGGAACACCUGACUGAGCUCAUGCAAUACCCAGUUGUGAAGUUGUAUACCACAGAUGGAAGAAAGGUGCCGAGCCUACAGGCAGUUAUACUGAGCUCUGGAGCUGUGGUGGCUUCAGGCAGAGAACCAUUUAAACCAGGAAAUUAUGACCUUCUUAAGUACCUGCUUCCUGAUCAAUUACCAAGGACCUCCAAACGCAUUUACCCAAAAGGACAGGCUAAACCGGAAGGCAGAAGAAAGGGUAAUUGGAAGAUUUCAAUAAUUACCAGUGAGCUGCCAUGUGCAGGAACCAGCUCGCAGGUCUAUAUUGUAUUAUAUGGACACCACAGAAGCUCAGCACCUGUCUAUCUUUAUGGAACAGGUGGGACCGCGUUUCAAGAAGGCCGAGAAGAUAUCUUCACUCUAAAGACUGGAGAUAUCGGAGAGCUUCACAAGAUACGCAUCGGCCACAGUAAUUCCGGUCUCUCUCCUGCCUGGCAUUGUAAAGAGAUAAAAUUGCAGAACCUUUUCUCAGGGGAAAAGUUUUACAUCCCUGUUUGCCGCUGGUUGGCUCAAGAUCGAGAAGAUGGGGAAAUCUGUCGGGAAUUGCCUGUUUUUCAAAAAGGCCAGCCAAUCCUUCCAGUGACAGUGUAUGAGGUGCGUGUGACAACAGGAGAACGUUGGAAUGCUGGGACAGAAUCCAGAGUCUACAUUUCUAUCUAUGGAGAAAAAGGAGAUACAGGCUCCAGGCAACUGUUUAGAUCAAAAACCCCCAAGAAAUUUUUGAAAGGACAAACUGACAUCUUCUCCCUUGAAGCUGUGCAUCUUGGGUAUUUGUACAAGGUUGUCAUAGCACAUGAUGGACUUGGCUCAGGAAAUGGUUGGUUUCUUGAUGAUAUCGUGAUCAAAGACCCUACCACAGAUCUUGAAUAUGCCUUCUUGUGUCACAGAUGGCUGGAUCAUGGAGAGGAUGAUGGGAAAAUUAUUAGAGAACUGUACCCUAGUGAUAAUAGCACCUUCUUUGGGAGGCAGAAGUUAGAACUUCAAAGAAAAGAGGCUUGGGCUGCUGAAAGCUGGAAGUUGAAGAAAGGAAACACUCUUCAGUUCUACAACCGGCUUAGUGGAGGCUUUGUCCGUCUCCAUCCAGAUGGCACCGUUGAUGCUCUUGGAGAAAAGACAGACAAAAAUGGUCUCUUGGAUGUUAUUGUCAACAGAGGAAACAUAUGCAUUUUCCAAAGUCAUCAGACAAGAAAUCUUUCUCUUGGCCUUGAUAAUGUCUCUGGAAUGGCCACUGGAAUGGCCAGUGGUGGAGCUUCAUGUGAGCUAAGAGUGAUCUAUCUGCCCAAUCGUUGCACCAUUCUGGAAUCAGUCAUGGUCCCUGGUCACACAGUUGCUUUCAAUAGUCAAGGCAAAGUAGCUGAUGAAUCAACGGACAGCUAUGCAGGGCUCUCCAAAGAAUUUGUGAUAUAUGCUAAGGGUGUGUUCCACAACAGUGCAGUAGUUCUGCUCACCACCAGCUUAUGCCAGGCACUGACCCUCCGGUCGGAUGGGAGCUGCACUGGUGCAGGAAAUCAGUCUGAAGAAUCCCACUGGAAAGUGCAUAAAAUCAGCUCUGGGGUUUGCAUGUUUGAAAGUGUGAAAAAUCCAAGAAUGUUUCUCAGGAUCAAGAAUGGCCAAUGUGAUGGAAGAGGCACAGGAGAUCUUGACUGUCACUUUAAAAUUCAGAAGAACUUGGAGAAUGGAUCCAUAAGUCUGGAAUCAGUGAAAAGCAAAGGCCUGUUCAUUGGACUUCUGCCGGAUGGUCAGACGAGGCCAGUUCUUUAUACUAAAGACGCAAGUGUUUUCUUCUAUCCACGGGUUAUCCAAAUUGGCAGGGAAAAACCAAUGGGAACAUCUGCAACAGCUAGCCAACAGGAAGAAAAAGCCAGAGAUUCUGGGAACCAAGUAGAAGCAAUGUCCCAGAGCUUGGCCCACAGCCCAUCCCCCUCUCCAGCCUCAACAGAAAUCCACAGCACCGCCACCGGUGACAGGAUUCUUCUCUCAGAUGAUGCAUGGCGGGUGCUGGUGCUGACAGGAAAUACAGGGACUCAAGCCAAUGUCACCCUCUGGGUAUAUGGAGACAAAGGAGUAACUGGACCACUACCUCUUGGCAAGGACAAUAGGGAGCAGCUGUUCCUUCCACGAAAGGAGGAUGAAUUUCAGGUUCAAAUAAAGAACACUGGCAAAAUAUACAAGAUCAGAAUAGGACAUGAUGGGACUAGUCAACAGCCUGAAUGGAGUUUACAAAUGGUGACAAUGCAGCAUUUAAAGAGCAGGAAGACCCUAAACUUCAUGGCAAACAAGUGGUUAUCCAGAAUCCAAGGAGAUGGAGACACUGUCUGUGAACUACCUGUGGAAGAAGAUGGAAAAGCAAUUUUCCCAAUAGUAAGAUACCACGUUUACGUCUACACGGGCCAAUUGAAGGAAGCAGAAACCACAUCUGCAGUUUACCUGUGCCUAUAUGGAGAAAGAGGUGACUCUGGUGUUAGGCUUCUCCACAAAUCAGAUAUGCCAAUAAAAUUCCAACGAGGUCAGAUUGAUAAGUUUCAAGUGGAAGCCGUAUCUCUCGGGAAACUGAAGAAGGCGCUGUUGCUUUGUGAGGCCACUGACCUAUCGCAGUACUGGUACUGUGAAAAAGUCAUCGUCAGAGAGCCGAUGAAGGAAUCAGAGUCCAUAUUCAACUGUGAAAGGUGGCUUCCUUUUAUGUCCCAGGGCAUAAUUCACUCAAAAAUAGAACUUUAUCCUCAAGAAAUGCAAAUAAACCAUCAGCCUAAAACGCAAGAGGAAGCAAAUGAAGGAGACUGGAAGAUAACUGUUGUCACAGGGGAUUUUGAGAAGGCUGGUACAACUGCUACAGUGUCCCUUUAUGCUUAUGGAGAAAAGAGGUCUUCAGGUCCGAUCAUUUUGGGAUCUGGGAAGCACCAGUUAUUUAACCCCAACAGUGCAGACAUAUUUAAGAUUAAUCUUAAAGAUGUCGGUGAGUUAUACAAAAUACGCAUUGGACAUGACAAUAGUGGAAAGGAUCCCAGCUGGUAUUUGGAAGAAAUUAAACUUGAAGAAAUAGCCACUGGUGAGGUAUUUUCCCUCACAGUUGAUUGUUGGAUAACUGAGACUGAAGAGGAUGGAGAUACCUGCAAAGAAAUAUCUAUUAACAGACCUAACAAGAAGCCCUUGCCAUUGGUGGCUUAUGAGAUUCAUGUCUACACUGGAUCAAAGCUAGGUGCUGAAACAGACUCUAAUGUGUUAAUCAACCUUAUCGGAACCAGAGGAGAUUCUGGAAAACGAAGGCUUCAUCAGUCUAAGAAUAACCAGGUCAAGUUCCAACAAGGACAGAUGGACAUCUUUGUCAUUAGGGCUGUGUCUCUUGGAGAUCUGAAGAAAGUUCUGAUUAGUCACGAUGGGACUGGUCCAGGCAAUGGAUGGUUUCUUGACAAGAUUAUUAUUAAAUUUAAAGAGGAAGAAGAGGAUCAAGAGAUUCUGUUUCCAUGUGACAGAUGGCUGGAUGAGUACCAAGAUGAUGGGAAGACUGAGAGGGAACUGCUUGCCAAAAGUGGCCAGUGGAUCAUACAAGUGAAAACAGCUGAAGAUUCUCCAGAAGCUGGAGAAUGUAAGAGGACAUUGGUGAUUUAUGGGUCAAAGGGGAAAAGCAGGGAACUCCUCCUCUCACCAGGAAAUCCAGGACAAGUGUAUUUUCUUCCUGGAGCUACAGAUGAAUUCCUUAUUGAAGUUGGAGAUGUUGGAGAUGUGUACAAGAUUCGGGUCAGCUGUGAUGAUUCGCCAGGCUUUGAGGGUUGGCAUUUGAAAUCUUUUCACAUAGAGGAGCUACAGACCAAACAAGAAAUGAACUUUGACUGUAACUGCUGGUUCUCUCUUAACAAAGAAGAUGGGGAACUGGUGAAAGAAUUCCCUGCAGAGACUAAGGACCAAAACCCUUUACCAGUUGUUAAAUAUUUUGUUGCUGUACACACUGGAGACCAAUGGGGAGCUGAAACUUUUGCCAAUGUUUAUAUUACUCUCUAUGGACAAAGAGGGGACUCAGGUGCUAGGAAGUUAUAUCGAUCUUUGAAAAAAGGAGAAUUAUUUCAAAGAAACAAGCUGGAUUUAUUCAUAGUGGAAGCUGUUUCCCUGAGUCACUUGGAGAAAGUGGUUCUUGCACAUGAUGGAGAAGGUUAUGGAGCUGGCCUUUAUUUAAAGAUGAUAACUAUUCAGGAGUCCAAAGACUCAGAUAUCGAAUGGGUAUUCCCAUGUUGGAAUUGGCUGGAUUCCCAUUUGGGAGCCUAUGCAACUGUUUCAGAACUGAAGACUAUAGGGAGAAGACUGAUUUGUAGCCCCGAGCAGCUCUUGAUCAAGAGGCAUUCCCCUGGUUCAUGGAUAGUGGACAUCACUGGAUCCGGGUUGAACACUAAAGAAGAGAUGAUAGAACUUUCCCUGGUCUUUUAUGGACAUCUGAGUCAGAAAAAGUUGGCACUUCACGUGACAGAAAAUGGAGCACAAAUUAAAGAUGAACUCGAGGGCAUUGGAUCACUUUAUAAGCUUCAAGUGUCAGGAACAUCCAUCCAGCUGAACAGAUCUUGGCAUUUAGACACAGUAAACCUGAAACAUACAGGCACUACCCUGGAAAUGUGGUUGAUUUUUGACUGCUGGUUUAGACCAAAUGAAGAGGACUGUGUGGAACUUCCUACUUUGGUUUCAGGGCAAGACCCUCUACCAGUUGUGGAUUAUUCUGUCUGGAUACACACUGGAGAUAUGAAGAAUGCGGAUGCCACUGGCCAGGUUUAUAUUUACAUAAAAGGAGAAAGAGGUGAUUCUGGGAAAAGAUGGCUUACCAAUUCAAGAAGUAACCCAAUCACUUUUGCCAGAGGACAGGUGGAGGUUUUCACAGUUAAAGCAGUGCACCUUGGUAAAUUACAUCAGAUUAUUCUUGGAUUCCAGAGUUUGAAAAAAGAUAAUUGGUUUUUGGAUGAAGUUGUUAUAAAGGAAGGACAAACAUCUGUCCUCACUCAUAUCUUUGCUCAUCAAAACUGGAUCAGCCAGAAUUCAGAAAAAGAAUUUAGUGAAGUUAUAAUUCCACUGAAAGAGGUAAAUGCAAACCCUGCAGUGAUAAAAGACUCCCAUGUUACCAGCAGAGGUCAGUGGCAAAUGUGGCUCUCUGCAUCUCCCCUACCAGAAAACAUUCCAGAUAUUCAAUUGAUUGUAUUUGGAAUGAGAGGAAAAUCUCCUGCACAGAAAAUUAAGAACUUAAAAAAUGAUCCAUUUUUGUUGCACAUUGAUGACAUUGGUGACAUCACAAAAGUUUCUUUUAUAUUGCCUGACUCAUGUUUGAAGAAAGGAAUUAAACUACACAAGCUCCGGCUCAAAGACAUGGAUACGAAGGAAGAGCUGGCCUUUUAUGUGGCAGACCGGUGGCUCUUUGAUGAAGAUGGAUCAGAAAGCGUGACGGAGCUAGCGGCAGUCAGGCCAGAAAAGGAACCCCUAAGAGAUGUGAUUUACUUAGUUAGUAUCCACACAGGGAUACAGCCAGCAUCGGGAACCGAUGUGGAUAUCUUUAUCACAAUAUUUGGGGAAAAUGGAGACUCUUGUCAAAGAAAACUCAGGCAUUCAGGAUUAAAUUCCAGUUUUGAAAGAGGACAGGUGAACACCUUCAACCUGAGAGCAGUGGACCUGGGCAUGGUCAGAAAAGUGCUUAUAGAGCACAGUGGCACUGGCUAUGGUGCUGGAUGCUAUCUAGACCGAAUCACCAUUCAGGAAUCUGGGAGAAGAGACAAAGAAUAUGCCUUUUCUUGCCAACAGUGGUUAGACAGUGAAGUUGGUGACAGACAGAUGGAAAGGAAAUUGAAGCUCCUUGGAUAUAUCCGAAAAGAGCGACUGCCGGAUGAUAUUCAGGGAACUUGGGAUAUCACUGUAAAGACAAGUAAUGUUUUGUCCAGUGGCAUAAACCCUAAAAUGGCCUUUGUCGUCUGCUGUGAGCGAGGUACUUGUGCACCAGUCAUAUUUCCAAAAGGCUCACUUCGAAGGGCUCAGAUCUAUAGGACCACUAUGGAAAUGGACAGAAAUUAUGGAGCCAUAAAGAAAGUACGUUUGCAAGUAGAAGAUGCUGAGGAUGGGGAAGUCUGGCAUUGCCAUGAGAUAAAACUUCAGCAUAAGAAAACUAAAGAGAGCAUAGAAUUCCCUUUUCUGCAACACUUCACCAAUGUGGAAGGAUGUACUGUGGCUGAACUUCCAGUCCUCACAGCCAGUUGUGCUUUCUCAACAGUGAAAGAAUAUACUCUUUCCAUUACCACUGGCAAAGCAUCAACUUUGAAUACCAACAUGGAUGUGUAUGUCACUUUGUGGGGAUCCUUAGGAGACACAGGAAGAAGAAAGCUAACCAGAAAAGGAGAGAAACUUUUCACCAAAGGAAAGGUGGAUAUGUUCAGAGUUGAUGCAGUAGAUAUUGGUCUUUUGCAUGCAUUGGAUGUGGAAAAAGGGAAAGGCCCUGACUGGCAGCUGGAGAAGAUUACCGUGAGAGAGGCAUCAGUGCAAGGAAAAGAUAUAGUGUUUCUAGCUCAUAAAUGGCUCAAAAGCGGAAAAAACUCAGCAAUUACAUUGAAUGUUACAGAAAUUGAGGAAAUCAAUGCCUUGCCACCAGGAAGCCAACAAAUGAAGUCAGAAGGCACAUGGAAAAUUUCUCUGAAGCUUCGAGAAAAAUCAGGCCAAGAAUAUGAACAUAUUGGGCCAAAUAUUCCUCAUUUGGUUAUGAUUCUGUAUGGGACUUAUGGAAAGUCAAGCCCAAUGACUCUAGAAAACAGGCUGGAACAACAUGCUGAGGAUACAGUAGCAUUUGAGGUAUUCAUGCCCUCUGAUUUAGGAACUCUUUAUAAAGUACGGUUGGGUUUGGAGAAAUUGCAUUCCAGCACAUCUCAGCUGUCUGUUCAUCAUUUUAAAAUGCAGAAUAAAGCAACCUUGGAUACCUUUAGUUGUUCUAUAAAUAAAACACUUCCUCUUUCUUUUAAUGGAGAUAGAUGCAUUGAGUUCCCUGUCGAGUGGCCAUUAAAGGAAGCACUGUCUGUGGUUAGAUAUCAGGUGACAGUAUUCUCAAGCAAUUUUUUCCACUUGAAGAGUUUGGUUCAAGUCAGUAUCUGCAUCUUCGGAAACAAUGGAGACACGGGAGAUCGGGCUCUGCUUCUCCCUAUUGAGGAUUCACAUCAGCAGAAAGAUGACAAAGAGUCUUUUGCCCUGGAGGCUGUUGAUCUGGGAGAAAUACAGUAUGCCAACCUUUCCAUCAGCAGCUUAACAAGCUGCGAGUUAGAUGUGAAAACAUUGCAUCUGAUGGAGGCAUUAAAAAGAGAGCCCAUCUUUGUAUUUGAAGUGAAUCAAAAGUUUGUCAUGAAUGCUGAUAAGCCUGAAAUUCAGAAAAAAAUCUCAGUCUCUUACAUUAUGGGCAAAAGAGGAAUUGAAACAACUGCUGAAAUGACUCAUAAUUCACGUGAAGAAAAAGGCUCCAAAGCUGAUAUGAAUGUAUAUCAAAUUAAAGUGUAUACAGGUGAUGUUAAAGGAGCAGGGACUAAUGGCAAGGUGCACAUCACCCUCUUCGGAAAUCAAAGCACCUCUGAAUCUUUUCUUCUCACUGAGUCAUUGGAGCACUCAAAUCCUUUUGAAAUGGGAAAGGCUGAUACAUUCCAAAUUAAAACAAAGAACUUAGGACGCCUGGACCGAAUUGAAAUUACACAUGUUGGAAAAGGGCUCACAAAUGGUUGGUUUCUAGAAAAAGUGAAAGUCAUAGAUAUGUCUACAAAGGAAAAGCAUUGCUUCCGAUGCAAUCGGUGGCUUACUGAAGAUGAGCGUGAUGGGCUCACUGUUAUUAAACUCUACCCAUAA